UCUCGUCAUCGUCGAUCAUCGCCGGGAACCACACCAGUCUGAAUGGCGAAAACACUAUCCCGAUCAACGGCCUCACGCGUAGCUAAGCGUUUCUUUUCCUCCUCAAAUGCCGCCGCUUCUCAACCCCCGCUGCCUUCUCACCACCUCUCCCGUCGAACCUCACCGACGCUGUUCCACGCCAUCGGGUACAUCCCUGCUUUGACCCGUUUCACAACGAUACGGACCCGGAUGGAUAGGUCCGGUGGAUCGUAUUCGCCGCUCAAAUCCGGAUCCAGUUUCAGUGAUCGACCACCCACGGAAAUGGCGCCGCUGUUUCCUGGCUGCGAUUACGAGCAUUGGCUGAUCGUCAUGGACAAGCCUGGGGGCGAAAACGCGCAGAAACAGCAAAUGAUUGAUUGCUAUGUUCAAACCCUAGCCAAAAUUGUCGGCAGUGAGGAAGAAGCUAAGAAGAAGAUCUACAAUGUUUCGUGCGAGAGGUAUUUUGGGUUUGGUUGUCAGAUCGAUGAGGAAACAUCAAACAAACUUGAAGGACUUCCUGGUGUUCUGUUCGUGCUUCCGGACUCUUAUGUUGAUCCAGAGUACAAAGAUUACGGAGCUGAGUUGUUUGAGAACGGAGAAGUAGUUCCGCGUCCACCAGAGAGACAGAGGAGGAUAGUGGAGUUAACAACUCAAAGAGGAUCGGAUAAACCAAAGUACCAUGACAGAACCAGAAAUGUCCGACGGAGGGAGAACAUGCGUUGACUCUUAUUCUCAGGACGCUCUACUCUAGAGCAAUCCUUGCCUUUUGAGCUCAGAUGCUCUUCUUUUUUCUUUGUUCUUUUAAUUUGCUAGACUCUUAACGAAUAAUAAUGUAUAUAUGGUGGUGUUUUGGUGAAAGCGAAUGCAUCAAAUUUGUUUCUGCAACUAUCGAUAUAAAUCUUCUUUUAAUAAUAAAUUGUGUUACAA